GGAGAUAUCAAACUAAAUGACAUACAAACUCUAGAUUCUAGAUACAUACCUACCUAGGAAAGUGCGAUUUAUUCCCCGAAAUUUACUUUUAAGUAAAUGUAAAUCGUUGCUACGGAUUGUUAUCUCCGAUUCUGAUCAUCUGUGUAUCAACAAAAAUAUUCUUCUCGAGCCCUGUUUCAAAAUAAAACUGUUAAUAUGCGUUUUUUUACCUUGCCAAUCGUCUUGGCUUAUAUAUCUGGAGCCACGUCUUUGGUUAUUCCGCAUAGCACUACCUACAACGAGACCGCCUCUUACGAUGGAAACCAGAACCUCGCAUCCCAACCGACCGCAGAAAGCUCUCGGUUCGAUUAUAAUGCCACCUAUGAUUGCGGCGGAAGUAUCAUGUGCCCAACUGUGAAAGUGGUCUGGUGCGACGAAGGCGUGAACUCGAAACUCAUUCGCAAUGACGAUGUCAACUACGGAGCGAUUGGAAGUGGAAAGCCACACUUUGGUGUCUGCCACGGUCAAGUCACCGAUUUCGGCUGCGGCGUUAUCAUCCAAGGUCCUAGUCACUGUGUUAGAUCUGGCAACGAGAUGUGGUGGGACUACCAGGAAAUUCGACAAUGGGGCUGCCACCAUUGCGGACACAAGUAUUGGGGCGACGGGUGUUCAACUGACGUCGACUACUGGCAGUCCUGUCGCUUGGUAUGGUAGAGAUAAACGUUACAGUUGAAGAUAAUUUGUGAUAGAUACCUAUACAAGUAUGCUUUCCAAGAGGCAAGAGGGGAAUCCGAACAAUUACCUAACUACCUACCUACCUAGAGUUCAAGUAUAAGUUUUUUUGGGGGUUUUUUUUUCCAAUUUUAUCAUACUGGUACGAUGAUGUUUACGUCAUAUUGUGGGUAAGUAGUUAAAGGCAAAAUUGAUGGAAUACUUGAGGGAACAUGCCCUACCUAGGUAGGUACCUAUAUGUACCUAGUAGGCGAAU